AUGCUAGGUGAAAAUCUUGAGAUGGAGAUCGUCAAUAGAAGAGAGAAGGGUAUUCCCGCAGCGAGAUCACGUUGUCGUGAGGCAGCCAAUCCGCAGACUCGAUCAAGUAGUGGUCAGAGUCAUAGGCAUGCUAACACCUUGGGACAGGCGGGUAUGCGAGCGAGGUGUACAUGUGUGAGGCGCAGGCCCGACACCUCACACAAUCAACCAAAGGCGGAAGUGGAGAGAUUUCCUGUUCUUGUCCGCGGUCCGCUUCAAGCACGGUCAGCUGUACUUGAGAGCAAAUCUGCCAGCAAUCAGCCCAGUCGCAAUAAAUCGUGA